AGAGUAGAAACCAUGUCCACAAGCACCGACGAAACGAUGGACAGACUUUUCCCCAAGCCUCAGAGAAAAGAGAUGUUGCGUUCCACGUAUGUUAUGUUUGACGCCGAGGAUUUCUCAAGCCCUAAUCCUCAUUUGCUUAAAGAGAAUAUCUUAACAGCUAUUAAGAAAGAAGGUUAUCGUGGGCGGAUUAAUAUCAAGGGUUACUUUGGUGACAAGAAAACCAUCCCCCAAGAAUUGCUUGACAAGUAUUUGGAAGCCGAAAUUUAUUCCAAAAUAUUUGAAGGGGAUAGAGUUGCUCGAAUGAACAUGAUGUUAGUGGAGCUUCUUUUCUGGGCAAUGUCCCAUUAUCCUCAUGGAACAAAUGUGCUCAUAAUCACUAAAAACCAAAACAUCCUAGAACGUCACAAGGUCUGGAAUGUUAUUGAAAGUUUGGUAGAGAGAGAUUUCUAUUUUGCCAUUGAACAUCCUGAUACCUUCUUUCCCCCAACGAGCCCAACAUGCGCUUAAAGUUCCAUAUGUGGUCUUAGCGGAAGAGGAGACGGGUCGCCGCGGUGCUUAGCUGCUGUUUGUGAUGAACUGUCAUUAAAUUUUUUUUUUUUGAAAAAUUAUUUGCUUUUAUUGUUCUUAUAUAUAUGGUGCUUCCACAUAUUUAUCUCCUAUGUUUUCUAUUUUUUCAUCUUUUAUGAAAAUCCAGAUAAUGAUUUCUUGAUUUGU